CAUUCCGCUUGUCAGUGCUGCAGUUUAUCAGUAGAGGAGUGUGCGAUUCUCUGUAAUGUUAGUAUCGUGUUUACAAACCGCGUGUUGCCGCUAAAGGUUCAUGUUUGGGCAUUGCCGGAGAAGCCGUGAGGCUUGCCAGAGAAUGGCAUGGCUAACUGAAGCUUCGGGGAGUAUCCUCCCUGUGUGAGGUGGGCCUCUCAGUGGGCGGGCCGUUGCGCAUGCUCAGUGAGUGCGGUGCGGGUGUGGUCGCUGUAAGGAGGCGAGCUGCAGUGAGUCCCGCGAGUGUAUCUGUGGGGAAGUGUCGGUGUAGCCGCCCGCAACUAGUAACGGCCAUAAGCGCAAGGAGUCUGUGUAGGUGCAGCACAGCUUACCGGGACUUGCAGCUCGCCGCUUGGUGCCAGGAAUACCGCAGUGUAACCGGAGCGCUCAGACACGUCAGAAGCCCCAACGCUGUGUCCGCUUGUGACCCUGGGAUUGGCUGGGGCAGUGCUUCACUCUCUCGUGUGACUUCUCCCGGCUAUUUUAGUCCCGCUGCUAGGCGCCCCCUCCCCAGUCCCUGCUCGGCUCUCGCUGCCGUGGGAGGAGGAUCCAGUUUGGAUGCUUUCGGGCUGAGCUCGUUGUAGUUGUGUGAGCGGCGGGACGUGGGCUGAGCUAUUUCGGAUUUGUUACCUCACCCUGCCUGGGCUCCAAAUUGGCUCCUCUCGUCCUUUUCUGGCGAAGCGCAAUGAACUGUCCAACUCCUCAUGACGGCCAAGGCGAGCCACAGCGUGUUGUACCAGUGGAAAGGGGUGCUGCUUACGUGCUUGUCAGGUAGUGACCCGAAGCGAAGGAAAGAAAUGAGCCGACAGACUGCUACAGCAAUCCCUACUGGUACUUCAAAGUGUCCACCGUCUCAGAGAGUUCCAGCCCUGACCGGGACGACUGCUUCAAACAAUGACUUGGCCAGCCUCUUUGAAUGCCCAGUGUGUUUUGACUAUGUUUUACCACCUAUUCUUCAAUGUCAAAGUGGCCAUCUGGUCUGCAGUAAUUGUCGACCAAAACUCACCUGCUGCCCAACCUGCAGAGGCCCUUUGGGAUCAAUUCGCAACUUGGCUAUGGAAAAAGUUGCCAACUCUGUGCUGUUCCCUUGCAAAUAUGCCUCCUCUGGUUGUGAGGUAACUUUGCCGCACACUGAAAAAGCUGACCAUGAAGAGCUCUGUGAGUUUAGGCCUUACUCCUGCCCCUGCCCUGGCGCUUCCUGUAAAUGGCAAGGUUCCUUGGAUGCAGUGAUGCCACACUUAAUGCAUCAGCAUAAAUCUAUAACAACGUUACAAGGAGAGGAUAUUGUAUUCCUUGCCACAGACAUAAACCUUCCUGGAGCAGUAGACUGGGUCAUGAUGCAGUCGUGUUUUGGCUUUCAUUUCAUGUUAGUCUUGGAAAAACAGGAGAAAUACGAUGGGCACCAGCAGUUCUUUGCAAUUGUACAGCUCAUAGGAACGCGCAAGCAGGCCGAGAACUUUGCUUACCGACUGGAACUUAAUGGUCACAGGCGGCGAUUGACUUGGGAAGCAACUCCUCGCUCUAUUCAUGAGGGAAUUGCAACAGCAAUCAUGAAUAGUGACUGCUUAGUAUUUGACACCAGUAUUGCACAACUCUUUGCUGAAAAUGGAAAUUUAGGAAUAAACGUCACAAUCUCAAUGUGCUGAAUUGGCAGUCAGUCCUCCCAGGGCCAGUGUUUAAAAUGCUUUGCAUUGAAUUUCAAAUAAAAUAGUUACAGUCAACAUUUCCAGCAAUCCAUAAACUUUAUCAUGUGGGUCCUGCAAAUGACAAGUAACCAAGAAUACAGGAAGCAGUUGCAUGUAGAAACACUAAUAUUUAUAAUCAAUAAACCACUGAAAAACAUGUACACACCCAGCUGGGCAUCUUUUGUAUUUAAACAAAGAAAAGAAGAAAAAAACAAAACUUAAAAAAAAAAAACAAAACAAAAAAAAAUCAACCUGAAAUGUAAAAUAAUCCUGAAUUUGUGUUUGUUGUUUGUACAGUGAAUACUGUUUUGUGUUUAUUUCCCUACCUUUUGACGGACAAGCCAUUUCGCGUGGUUCCAUGCCAGCGCGUUCCUCAUUUGUAAGUCACUAUUUAGAAUUGCUGCUGUUUGUGUACAUUUUCUGUGUAUUGCUAAUUUUUAUUAACUUCUAGUUUUUCAUUCAAUAAAUUUGACUUUCUUUUCUGUAAUUAAGGAAGUUUUUGUACACACAUGGUUUGCUAUGCAUCUUUUUGAUCAUUUUUAUUCUAUUUUUUUUUUUUUAUUUGGAAAUAUUUUCUCCCAAUGAAAUCUGUUACUGGUGUUGUAAGAGCAAUGCUUCCUUUCAGUGGGAUAUACAUUACAAUUUACAUGAUAUUUGCUCUUUGUUAUUGCAUAUUUGGCAACUGUAUGGUUUGACGGGGAUACUGUCAUUACAUAGGCAAGAAUUGCUGCUCUGAUGAAAGGGCAGUGGCUACCAGUGUGUUUGGCACCUCCAACAGUGUCUACUGAGGAGCAAAUAUGAUCCCUGCAGCUACACAGUUUAAUAGCAAAUGGUCACCUUUUUAUAAAAAAAAAUUGAAAUGCCUGCCCACUGUCUGCUGAAUUCUCCGCAGAAUUCCCUUCAACGUCCUCAUUCGCUAGCCAGGGAAUGUUGGUGCGACGGCAAGCCGCAUCGGGGUGAAUAAUGCUGAAUAAUGAAAUGGAGCAGCAGUUUUUGUCUAUGGUACAGCUAUCCUUGGGCACGAGUGGAGGGCUUUAUCUAUGCCUGUAAGACUGCUAAGAUCAAACUAGUUCACAAAACGGGUAAAAAAAUGUUUUUUUUCUGUAUUUUCAUCUGUGUUGUGCACUAACUUAAUUGUUGUGUUGCAGUUUAGGUUGGGCCAAAAAAAAAAACAAAACUCUUGAUCGGAGUCAUUUUGGGACAUUUUGGAUGGAGGAUGUAUUUGAUUUGUGCUGGAAUUUUCAUUGUCUCAAAAUUAAACUGAAAGCAGAUAUUGUCAUUGAGUAGUCUCAAAAUGAGAUGUACCCCAUCUUUUAUAAUUGUCAUUAAAAUAAUACUUGGCAAAUGA